AAUUGGAAUUGGGAAAGGAGGAGGAGGAUUGCUAGGGUUUUAAAGGUAGGAAGGAAGGGGAGAGAAAAGAGAAGAAAAGAGAUGGCCAAGUUCAACGAGGUGCAGAAGAGGAAGAGAGCGCAGAAUGCAGAGAGGAAGAGAGCAGUUCACGGAGACCCAUCCACUGGGAAGCUGAAGAACAAGCCCCAGCCCCUCUCUAUAUCCGGCAAGCGCAAGCGCAAGCUCUUAAAAAAAUGGCGUAGAGAUCAGAACGAGGCUGUGCAAAAGGGCCUAAUAACUAUGCAAGAUGUCGAAAUGGCUGCUGCUGAUGGUGGAGAAGAAUCUACAGACACCAAGAAAACUUGUUCAAAGUUUCCCAUGAAGAAGGGCCUCAAGCUUAAACAACUAAAGCGCAAAGGUAGGAACAAAGGAAAAUCUUCUUCAAAGCCUGCUGCUACUGCUGAAGCUUCACUGGAUGCAAAUGCAAUGCUAGAGUAGCCUGUUCUGUUGUCUAGCUGAUGAGAAACACUGUACCCAUGUACUGUUUUUUAUUUAUUUAUAAUUAAUUGGAAAUCAGAGUUUUAGACGGAAA